UGUGAGUGGGGUGUGUGCGUGUGUGAAAGUGUGUGUACAUACAUACAUUCCGGGAUCUGCCAGCCAUGCAGUUGUAGAGGUGACCCGAGGAGUGGAUUGAUGAUGCCUCGAGCCAGAUGCCGCCACCUGCCCUUCGUCCCGCUGCUGCUGGCCUCACUCCUCUCAGGAGUGACGGCUAACCUGCCUCCCUCGUUCACGGCCGACAUGAACCUGCACGUGGUAAGUGAGAGCACGCCGGUGGGGGCUGCUGUGUACACGCUCAAGGGUUCCGACCCAGAAGGCAGCCCGGUCAUGUUUGGCCUCAGCGGCACCGACAGGCUGCGCGUGGACCCUAAUAGCGGCGUGGUCACCGUCGUACGGCCGCUGGACAGGGAGAAAAACGACACCUUACGCCUGGUGGUGACAGUGGAGGACGAGGUGUCAGGCGCCAACAACAACGUGGUGCGGGUCCCAAUCUCCCUCAUCGUGCUGGACGACAAUGACAAUCCUCCAAAGUUCCUGCAGACACCCUACGAGACCAUGAUUGGCGAGGACACAGCCGUGGAUAGCGUGGUCUUGCCGGGCAUAAGACUCGUCGAUGAAGACCAAGUGGGCGACAACAUCAAAGUGGAGUGCAAACCGAUUGAGCAGGGAGAUGACGUCUGUGAAGUGUUUGACGUAAAGGCCAGCCAAGUCUCAGCCCGGAAGUUCUCAGGAAGUUUGGUGCUUCGUAGACUCCUCCAGUAUGCCACUCGCAACCUGUACCAGUUCAAGCUGGUGGCCACGGAUGGGGGGCAGAUGUCCAGUGUGGGCGUGGUGGUGCGGGUAAGGGAUGUGCAGAACACUCCCCCAGUGUUCUCUGGCUCCCUCACUGGCAUUGUGAAAGAGGAUGACCCAAUUGGCACCAAGAUCAUGACCCUGCAUGCAGCCGAUGGGGAUACAGGUGCCCCUAGACCCAUCAAGUACCAGCUGAUGACAAAUACUCUGGAUUUCUUCACACUGGAUGUCAAGUCUGGGGAACUCCGCACUGCCAAGCCCCUUGACAGAGAUGCUCUUCAGGUGCCUGAUGGAGUAGUGAAGCUCAAGGUUAAGGCAUUUGAGACAGAGAGGGGACUCCCUGUGGGCUUGCCUGACACUGAGACAGAAGUGGAGGUGACCAUCACCAUCAUCGACGUCAAUGAUGAACCUCCAACUUUCAACAAACGGGAGUACCAAGCAUCAGUGCCAGAAAAUGUGCCUGAUGGGACACCAUUACCCAACCUGGACAUGUUUGUUCAGGAUCGAGAUGUUGGAUUCUUCUCAGUAUUCAGCUUGCGUUUGGUGGACUCCUCUGGGAUGUUUAGUGUGGAGCCUUCAGUUGCCUCAGGAUCCUCAUCUGUCAGCAUCAGAGUUGCCAAAGGUCCCUUAGAUUUUGAAAAUCCUAACCAGCGCAAGUUCCUUCUUCAGGUUAUAGCUGAGGAAACUCUUACCAACCCUCGGCUGUCUUCAACGGCAACAGUUGUUGUCUCCGUCACUGACACCAAUGACAAUUCGCCCCAAUUUGAUCAGGAAGCAUACACAGCCCUUGUAUCUGAAACAGCCAAUCCUGGCACUGUCGUCACCACCAUUGUGGCUUCUGACCGUGACACAGGAAUGUUUGGCACUGAUGGCAUCAAGUAUUCCCUCUUUGGUAAUGGAGCAGAGAAGUUUGAUGUGGAUGAAACAACUGGGGUCAUCACUGUGGCCUUCUGUGAUACACCAGGCCACCGCAAUUGUUUGGACUAUGAAAAGCGACCAACAUACUUCCUCUCCUUCCAGGCAAUAGAUAAUGGUGGUGAGGGUCACACCACAGUGGUCCCAGUCAGGAUAUCACUGGAGGACAGCAACGACAACCCGCCCAAAUUCACACAACAGCAGUUCCGUGCAGUAAUUGAUGAAGGUGCCUCAGACUUCGAUCCUCCUCUCAUAGUGACGGCUGAGGAUCCUGAUGCCACCUCCAGUGUAGUGUACAGUCUAGUAGGUGGGGAUCCAACAGGGCUUUUUACCAUUGAUCCCAGCACUGGCCGAGUGCGGGUGGCCAAAGAGUCUGGGCUGGACAUGUCCAACCUGAAGACUGAUCACAUCAUUCUAACUGUAGAGGCCAGUGACGGUGAAGGCUCCCACACUGCCAAUGUGAGAGUCUCUGUGAGGGAUGCCAACAACAAUGUCCCCAUCUUCAGUAAAAAGGAGUACCUGGCUGCUGUCCAGGAAAACUCUCCAAUAGGGAGUGUGGUGGAGCAGGUGUCUGCUACUGAUGCAGACACUGGGGACAACGCUGUCAUCACCUAUCGCAUUCAGAGGGGUGGAUACGAUGAUUUUGCUAUUGAUGGUGACACGGGAAUGAUCACAGUUGCCAGGAAGAUCGAUUUUGAUCGUAGACAGAGUUAUGAUGUUGAAAUCCUUGCAAUUGAUGGAGGCUUCCCACAGCAGACAUCUACUGCCUCGCUGACUAUCAGCAUCAUAGACAAUAAUGAUAAAAAUCCUUACUUCACACCCACAACGCAGCGCACGCAGGUGUCAGAGGAUGUGGCAGUAGGGACAACCUUCUAUACCCUGGCUGCACAAGAUCCUGAUGUGGCAGGAAAUGAUUCUCUGGUGUUUGGUGUGGAGCCACCUGUUUCUGCAGUAAAUAGUGAUGGGCGCCUGGUGGAGGGACCUCAGCUAGAUGCACUGAUGGAGGUGUUCAAUGUGGACCCAGCAACAGGAAUCGUGACAGUGGCCAAGUCAUUGGAUCGCACGGUGGCCACAGAAGUGACUCUUGCUGUGACAGUGACAGACGUGUCUGCCACUCCUCCCCAGGUUGGUCAUGGGAGCCUUGUCAUCACAAUUGUGGAUGUGAAUGACUUUCCACCUAUCUUCCCUCCACCAUGGAGCCCUGACAGUCCAAUCCUCCUUGUGAAAGUAGCAGAAGAGCUUCCUCUUGGAUCUCUCCUCACCACCAUUACUGCCUCUGAUGUCGAUUCCAACAUAGGAGGGUACUCACUGAGUGAGCCAUCAGAGCACUUUGCCUUGGACAAUGCAACAGGAGUGGUGACUGUCAAAGCACGACUGGAUUAUGAGACUCGACCAGAGUUAAGCUUUGUGGUGGUAGCCCAUGAUACUGGUGUCCCCUCCCUCUCUGCCUCAGCCACUGUUGUUGUUCAGCUCAAUAACAUUAAUGAUGAGGAGCCUGUGUUUGGUAAACCUAUCUAUGAUGGUGAAGUGUUGGAGAACUCACCUGCAGGGACACCCAUCAUCAAUGUGACAGCUGUGGAUGCAGACAAGGGAAUGUUUGGAGUUGUUACCUACUCUCUUGCAGGUGACCAUCACGAACAUUUUGCUAUUGAUGACAAUGGUUUGGUAACGGUGCAGAAUGGUGCACUGCUGGACCGGGAGACUUUAGCUGCUGUGGUGCUACGUGUUGUGGCAACAGAUGAAGCACCAGAAAACCACAGACAUCAGUCCUCUGUCCCACUUCACAUUGCCAUCACGGACACCAAUGACCAUCCACCAGUGUUCAGUCAAGACUACUACUCAGCUAGUGUGGUGGAAAACCUUCCCCUGGAUCCACCUGCACCCAUUGUGCAGGUCACAGCCCAUGACAAGGAUGAAGGGCUCAAUGCUCUUGUCUGGUACUCAAUCACUGAGGGAAAUGACCAAGGAGCAUUCUACUUGGACCCAAGGACAGGGAUCCUCUAUCCAGCGCGACCACUUCUGGCCAAUCCAAGCAACUACAAUCUGACCAUUGUGGCCAGAGAUGUCAAUGGCACUGGUGAAUACAAUGACCAAACACUUGUGCACAUCACAGUCCUGCCUCAGAACCAGCACAAGCCCAAAUUCAUCUCUCCCGGCUUGCCCAACACUACAGUCAUGGUUCAAGAGAACUGGAGCUCAGCUGUGCAGGAGGUAAUCACUAUUCUAGCUGAGGACAAGGACUCAGGAGCCAAUGGUGAGGUCCACUACCACCUGCGUAUUGGUGAACAGGUGGUACAGGACACUGCAGAGUUUCACCUCAACCCCACUACUGGCCUACUUACCACUAAACGUAUCCUUGACAGAGAGGAGCAGAGCAAGUAUGAGCUUGUACUGAUGGCAAAGGAUCAAGGAUCACCAAUAUCAUAUGAGACCCUGCGAUUCCUCACUGUGGUGGUGGAAGACCAGAAUGACAAUCGUCCUAUGUUCCCAAAAGACAACCUGCCCCAGUCCUACCGCUUCAGCAUCACAGAGAACACUGCAAAGCACACACUAAUUGGCCAGCUUCAAGCAUAUGAUCCUGAUGAUGGCCUUAAUGCCAAGAUCUUUUACUACCUGGUGUCAGGCAACUCCCAUGAAAGCUUCUAUCUAGACAAGCUACAUGGAAAACUAUACACCAAUGUUGUGCUGGAUCGGGAACAACGUGCCUCCUAUACUUUGGUGAUCAAAGCCACAAAUGAUCCAAACUUCAUCAUAGACCCUGAGCAGGAAGUUGUGCAUGAUCCUGAGGACCCCACUCAGGCCAUUGUCACCAUUAAUGUUGAGGAUGAGAAUGACACACCACCACUCUUUCUUCAGAAUGUUUAUUAUGCUGGUGUGUCACACAAAGCUGAGGUGGAACGCUUUGUAAGGAUGGUGAGUGCUGUGGACGGAGAUGCAGGAAUCAAUGGGUCACUCUCGUACUCCAUCAGAGCUUCCAACCUCUUCCGGCCAGCUGUGAUUGGGGUGUGGGAGCGGGAGGACCUGGUGCGUGUGGUGUUGGCUCAACCCCCAGAGGAGGUCAUGCAGUAUCAGGAAGAUGUUAUUGCUAUACUCUCUAAAGUUGCUGAGGGUACUGCUGUAGUGGAUGAAAUACGCUACCACAUCAGUCCUGACAAUACUAUCAACCGGGAAAGGACAGACAUGUUGGUUCAUCUGGUGAAUCAGAGUGAUCAGGUGAUGCCAGUGCCGGUGGUGCUGCAGCGUCUUGACCUUGGUUACUCCACCCUCAUUAACAACUCUCACACAGCCUCCAUCAAGCAUAUCUUUCCAGCAACAGUGGAGGAGGUGGAAGAAGAAGUGGAUGCCCGUCUGGCUGGCCUCAUUGCCCUCAUGAUUGUGCUCUUCAUUGGCUUCAUCUCUUUCCUGGUAGUCUGCUGCUGCCUCAGACACUGGGUGAUGACACCUUCAGGCAGAUCAACAGAACACUUGAUCAAGCGUAAUAUUGAUGAGGACUUGGGAUUGAACACCACAGAAAAUCCCCUUUGGGUGGACCAAAAAUUAAAGAUGUACGAAGAACAGGAGCUCACAAUGCAAGUAAUGAGCGAGUUUGAUGCGUCGCAAGUCAGUGUCCCACCCAACACAUCACAGGGUCCCAGUGUGACUGUAGAUGCAGAGUGGAGUCCUGAGAGAAGGACCAGUAUAGACUUGUCACAGGUUGAUGCUCAGAGCAACACCUAUGCCACCAUCCAGAAGUCCCACGGUGGCACACUGCGCUCCCUGCAGCUCAGAAGUCUGCAGCGAGGCACACUCACUCUUGGGGAAGAUCCAGGUGAAAGCAAUGAUUAUGCCACCCUUGACCAUCUCCACAGACCAGCCUCUGCUCAGGGUCCUCGCGUUCCAGGUGUAGAGACACCUCGGUCUCCUCUACAUCAGAAUGGUGAUUACCAUGAGUUGAGAACAUCCUUCACUGGGUCAACCUUCCAGCCUUCAGACUUGGCUAACCGACCAUUACCAGAUGAGCCUUCCUCUACUCUUCCAGGUUCCCGUAAUCUUGCCUAUAAUGCCCAGGGAGAACCAGUGCUUGUUGCAGAGUUAAUUUAAAUGCAGUAUACUAUUAAUUUGUCUUGUGAUGGAAACUUUGCCAAAUCUGUGUUGUAUCUAUGGAAUUUUUUUUUUUUUUUUUUUUUUUUUUUUUUUUUUUCCCUUCAAAGAGAUGUCACAGUGAAUUGCAUGAUAGUUGCAGUGAUCCAGUUACCUCUUAUGCAAAAUGUCAGGCCUUUCAAUUCACAUGAUUAAUUUAUUGUUCAGCAAGUAUGACAUAGAGUAUGAUCCUAUGCAGUUAGUAAGCUGACCACAGACUACUGCUUUAUGUUCCAUGUCAGUGAUUUUUAUUUCCUCUUUAUGAAAACCAAGUUUAUAUAAAUUACAUUUCAUUCACCAUGGUGUUAUAUACUAUCUCUUCAAUUGUUUUUUUUAGUGUUGUAUUAUAUUGAUUACUGUUAAAUAAUGUCACAAAGCUUUGAGGAGGUAGUGUGUACCAUUGGGUUGGAUUUAUGAUGACUGCUGCCUAAUUCUAAAGUACUCAACAGCAAUGUCAGUGCUGCAUUCAUUAAUAAUUGAUUCUUUAUCUUCAAUUGUCUUUUUUGUUAGAUAUAAAUGCAUAAGUGGUAUAAAUUCAAUAAGUCAUAAAAAAUGAAGAAAAAUCUAAUGGAACACAUGGCAAUCAGUGUUCAGAUUAUAAAUUGACUACGUGUACACUGGUAGGUUAACUGUCCAUUACAUCACACAAGUGAAAUUAUCUUCCAGUGUGUCUUACAAUGCCUGUUUAGAUCAUAAAAGUGAAUUGCUAGGUAGGUAUUCAACCUCCUCUAGUUUACUAGAAAAAACAAGAGUAGCUAUAUAACAAAAGCCUUUGAAUCAUGUCUGUAUCAAACUAAAAAUUAACUGAUCUUGCAAUUUUCAUCAUGCCUAUUCUUAAAAAUUGCCUGCUCUGUAAACUAAUAAUUUUAUAAGUACACAAAAUAUAAAUAAUUCAGCAGCCUUUGUGAAAGGCAGUCUCAUUUUUAAAAGAAUAGAUGGAAGUGUUGCAGCAGUGCUGAACUUAACUUGUGUACAGUCACUUGUUACAUGUACAAUUCUUAAACAUUCAUUCAAGACAUACAUGUCAUGUACAUUUUGUAAAUACAAUAGUACGAGCUUUAUCAAUAACGAUCUUUUUUUUUUUAAGAAUACUUUUCAUUUCCUAUCACAACAUAAAGCUAUUAAUGUUCCCAUCCUUUUAAGGAAUUGUUAAAAGAUUGCAUCUGUAAUGCAAGCUUGUUUCACUGAGAAUCUCUGGCUGUAGUCACUUAAAACAUUCCCAUAAAUGGAUUUGUAUCUUCAUGUCAUAAACAUAUCUUCCUUGUUCUUUCAAUCUUCCACAAGACAGAUAAUUGUGCCUUUCUAUUCAUGCUGUCAGUUUUUAAGUCUCGCAUCUCUACCACAUCACAUAACUAUUUUACAAGAUUUUUUCGUCAUUCCCAAAUCUACAAAAUGUUUUACAUACACUCUACACAACAUCAUGUCACCUAACAUGACAAGAGCAAAUAUCUAUUUUCAUCAUACUUGCCUAUUUACAAUUACUCAAGCUUAACUUUUGUGACCAAGGAAAUAUUGCUUUGGUCUGACCACUUUAUCUGAAAUAUUUAGGUGUUACCCUUUCCAAUGUUGUACUGGACAAAUGAUCACAAGUUUAUUAUUAGUCCUGACCUCUUGUCCACCUGCUCCAAUCCCACCCUUCCUCUUUAUCUCUCUCUCUUGGUCAUCCAUAGAUGUGAUGUCAUGAAGAAACUUCAAGUAUUGUGAUAUUUGCAAAAAAAAAAAAAAAACAAUGCAAUGAAUAAAAAUUAACAUUUUACAUUAGUUUGCCUUUUGGGAGCAUCAGUGUAUAUAUACUACAUCAUUCAAUUUUUGAAGUAGGAAUUACCUGACAUGGUGUGUUGGUAUAAAUGUGGCAGUGCCGCAGGCCACAGAAAAUACCUAGAAAGGAGUAACACCUUAAAUGUUCAGAUAAAAUGACCACAGUUAUCCAUUGAAUGGGAGCAAGAGGCAAACGUGGAAGACUUCCUGAUCUGAUCUAGCUUUCCAUACUGAUUUUUUUCUCUGAGCAUAUAAAUAUAACACCAUGUAAAUAUUUUCACUAAUGUACAUAAAAAAUAGUUAUGGAUGGAAAUGGAAGAGGUAACUUUUAAAGGCAUCUAAUUUAUAUCAAAAUAAAACUUUUUGUAUCACACUUAACAUAUGCUGAAAUCCCAUUAUAGUCUUAGUCAACCACAUUUUGAUGUAAAGUGGGGAAAACAUUGACCAGUUAUUAAACAAUAUUGUGUGAACUACAAAAAAUGUUGGACUGAGAGGAUCCACAAAUGUCACCAAAUUUUAUCCAUUAUUCCAUAGUUUCAGAGUUUUCUCUUAAAAAAGCAAGUGUCAUGACGGAAGAAAGAGACGAACGAGCAUGAUGGCACAGUAUCUAUCACACUCACUAUGUAUAUAUCAUUAUCAUUUAUAUAUAACAACUUGUUUGUAACACUGUGUGUUGAGGUUUCCUUGCUGUUGUAUUAUAGUAUCUUAGUUCAUUUAUAUGGUUGACUGAUGAACAUAAUGCAUCAAAUGGAUUAUUACAUAGUGAAUUUUUUUACUAUGUAAUUUGUACAUAGUUUUCUUAUGUGAUUUUUUGCCUAGUGUGGUGGAAACAAAAUUAAUGCAAUAGCUGCACAAAAAUAAAAUGUUGAUUCUAUACUAAAACAGUUCAGAUACUGUCAUUAAUUUUCAGCAAUUAAAUGCAAAAUUACCAUGUUACAAAAUAUUUAGGCAACAUUUGUUUUGUUAGAAGACCAAAUGGUUCAAAAUAAUAUGCCUUAGAAUUCAAAAUAUUGCACAUUUGUGCAUUAAAAAUAUUGUAUAUUUUUUAAAGGUUGUAAUUAAGAAUAAAAUGAUCUUUUUUUU